UAAGCCCGCCAUGCUGCGGUCUGAUUGGAGGCUCCAGAGGGGAAGUGAGACAGUCAAUGUCAAAGGAUCCUGGAUCAGCUGUUACCUGUCGAUCCUCCACAACAUCCCCUGAUAACAGAUCGUUAAGCCGAGCAUCGGGUAAAGAAGCGCCUCAUAUGAAGAUUGAAGUCAGAGGAAAAGCAGCUUCACACCGUUUUCAGGCAGCAUGAACUCCCUCCCAGGAAGAGCCGCUAUGUCUCUGUGCAGACGCACGGCAGCAGCGGGCGGGAUGAGGGUCUUUGUCGGCUCCCCGGGUCACACCGGUGCGGGCUUGUCGGCCUCUCUGCAGGCUGUACGAGUCUGCCACUCCGACGCGAGCCGUAAGGGCAGCGUUAGCACCAAGAAGCGGGGCUACGACAUUACCAGAAACCCUCACCUCAACAAGGGGAUGGCCUUCACCCUGGAGGAGCGCUUACAACUGGGCAUCCACGGCCUGCUGCCCCCCUGCUUCCUCUCCCAGGAUGUGCAAGUGCUGCGUGUCAUGAAGAGCUACGAAACACGCGACAAUCCUUUGGACAAGUACAUCCUGCUGAUGACGCUGCAGGACAGGAACGAGAAGUUGUUCUACCGUCUGCUGACCUCUGACGUCGAGGAGUUCAUGCCCAUCGUGUACACUCCCACCGUCGGCCUCGCCUGCCAACAGUACGGACACGCCUUCAGGAGACCACGAGGCCUCUUCAUCACCAUCCAUGAUAAAGGCCACAUCGCCACCAUGCUCAACUCCUGGCCUGUGGAAGACAUAAAGGCCGUUGUGGUGACGGACGGGGAGCGUAUCCUCGGCCUGGGGGACCUGGGAUGUUACGGUAUGGGCAUCCCUGUGGGGAAGCUGGCGCUCUACACAGCCUGCGGUGGUGUUCAGCCGCAGCAGUGCCUCCCUGUGCUGCUGGACGUCGGCACUAACAACCAGACGCUGCUCGAUGACCCGCUGUACAUCGGACUGAAGCACAAGAGAGUCAGAGGAAAGGAGUACGACGAGCUGGUGGACGAGUUCAUGCAGGCAGUGACUGACAAGUACGGGAUGAACUGUCUGAUACAGUUUGAGGAUUUCGCCAACAUGAACGCCUUCCGCAUCCUCAACAAGUACAGGAAUCGAUACUGCACCUUCAACGACGACAUCCAGGGCACGGCCUCGGUAGCUGUUGCCGGGAUCUUAGCUGCUCUGAAGAUCACCAAGAACACACUCUUGGACCACACCGUGGUUUUCCAGGGGGCGGGCGAGGCUGCUCUGGGUAUCGCUCACCUGCUCAUGAUGGCGAUGGCCAAAGAGGGAGUAAGCAGAGAAGAAGCUGCCAAGAGGAUCUGGAUGGUGGACUCAAAAGGUCUCAUCGUAAAGGGAAGAGGAAAUCUGAACCACGAGAAGUUGGAGUUUGCUCACGAUCACCCGCACAUACAGACCCUGGAGGAGGUGGUGCACACCGUCAAACCCACCGCCAUCGUAGGAGUGGCUGCGAUCCCAGGAGCAUUUACUGAGAAGAUUAUCAAAGACAUGGCGUCCUUCAACGAGAGGCCGAUCAUCUUCGCCCUGAGUAAUCCCACCAGCAAGGCCGAGUGCACGGCAGAGCAGUGCUACCAGCUCACAGAGGGCCGGGGCAUCUUCGCCAGUGGAAGUCCGUUCAGCAAGGUGACGCUGGCUGAUGGACGCACUUUCUACCCCGGCCAGGGAAACAACGCCUACGUCUUUCCUGGAGUCGCUCUGGGCGUUAUCGCCUGUGGAGUGCGCCACAUAUCUGACGACAUCUUCCUCACCACAGCAGAGGCGAUAGCUGACAUGGUAACAGAGGAGCACCUGGCGGAGGGACGCCUCUAUCCUCCUCUCAACUCCAUCAGGGAGGUGUCCUUCAAGAUCGCAGUGAAGAUUGUCAACUACGCAUACAAACACAACUUGGCUUCUCUGUACCCGGAGCCUAAAGACAAGGAGGCGUUUGUGCUGUCUCACAUCUACAGUCCGGAUUACGACUCCUUCAGUCUGGACACGUACAGCUGGCCAGAGGAGGCCAUGAACGUGCAGGAUGUGUGAUUUAGACUCUCUCUCUCUCUAAACUGAAUAUGCUACGACGGCGUAUCAGGACCAUUGUAGGUAAAAAAAACAAAUCAAACCAAAGCGAUGAUGUUUCCUCUCUCGUGUAUUUGUGACUUCAUUAUCUCAAGACAAUUUCUUUCAGUUUCAAUUUAUGAAUUUGUCCUUUCAGAGAAGUUUCUUGUAAAUGUAAGACUUUGAUCUCGGCGUUUUUCUCAAAGCAGCUCUGUAUUCAUUUAUUUUUAACCUACAAUGGCCCUAAUGCAUCGUCUUAAUAUGCUGCCGUGGUGUAAAGUACAAUUCAUGCAUUGUGUUCAGAAAUGUUGCCUAUGAUUUCUUCUUUGACUUCUAAAUGUCAGUAAUUCUCUGCAGACGUACAGUGGUCCUUUAUAAUUAGAUGCCAAACAAACCGUCUCUGUUAGUCUCUCUGACCUCUGAAGUGUCCAAAAUGUCAAGUACAAGUUGUUUGUUUCCCUCUUUCAGUGCUGUACCUUUUUUUUGUUUAAUCAGUUCUCUGUACCUGGAAGGACUGACAAAGUGAAAUAUUUGAUAGGCGCAUACACGCAGUACAUCAUUAGUACGACCGCUAUAGCUUUAUAACUUAAUAUACACUACUGUCACUAGAUCUCAUGCAGCAUAAGCUGAGAUGUUGUCGCAUUCGAGCUCGCAGUGACUUGCGUUUUUUUUGAGAGAUGACUCAGAGCUGGUGUGAAGAAAAGAAAGGAGCGGCUCUACUUGUGACAGCCUCUCUGUUUCCUCUGCUUCCUAUCUGCAGGACUGCUGUGUAGUCACGGGAUGGGCCCGAUGCAUAAAAGCCUGAGCAGCAGAUCUACCUGACUUAGCCUUUACUACAACACACGUCAUGUAACGAUAUAUUUCUCUCUCCAUAUGAUAGUACAAACCUCUGGAAGAGCAAUGCUUCUUUGUUGGUGAUGAUGUGUUUCAGAUAGCCUCCUUUGGCGUGGUUGAUUCUGGUGUCACAGCUGAGCAUCUUAGGUUUGUAGCAGUACCAAGGCUCGCCUGUGUAAAGGUCUGUGUAGUUGCACAGAGGCUGCUGGUCGUGGGGCAGGCACAUGUUGCACAUAGUAGUUUCAGACAGGAAGCCCAGGCGGAACAGGCUCUUAAAAAACACUCGAUCGGGCCGUUCCUCCCUCAAGCGUCGCAGCACCGCAACAGCCUCGCUUGAGUGCACCAGCGUAAUCUCCACCUGUGCAGACCCCACCCAGAGCAGUAACGCACAACUCUUCUCUUCUCUCGGCACAACUCGACUGAGGACACUUUUUGUAGCUUAAAAAAAAAGAUGAAAAAAUUAACCGAAACUCUCUGUGCCUCUUCCUGUGUGACCUCAAAGAAGCCCCAUUUGGCUCGUCCCUCUAGCUGCUUCUUCAAUUACACACUCCUAUCUGCGUACAAGACUAAAAACACUCCGUGAUCAGCCUGCAUCUGUUCCUCUGCUUCCCUGUGAGCAUCGGUUAUAGAGUGGAAGACUCUUUCUGUUCUUGAAUGUGUUCAGAGGAAUUGUUGGGGGUUUAGUGUCACCAUCAGGAUGUUUUUUUGUAUACAAUGAUGUGUUUUUCCUCUAGUUUUGUACAAAGCUCUCUGCCUGUUGUGGUGUUUUCUGCUGAAGUUACUGAUGAACUGUAUCUUUAACUCAGAGAGGACAUGAUGCUCUGCAAGCUUUAGUAUUUGACAUAUGCUUGAAGGUUUUAAAGGGAACAUGACACUUUUUAAAUACAUUUGUCAACAAAAUGAGUGAUUUAUGGCUUUUUGUUUUGUAUUGCUCUUUGACAUCAUUUUGCUGUCUGCAAAACACACUGUAGUGUGUGUUUGUGUGUGUGUGUGCAAUUAAAUGGUAUCUCCUUAAGGCCACACAAGCAGUUUUGUAUUACUGAACCUUUCCGUCUCUGUGUGUGUUACCUGCUUUGCGUUGGACGUACUGCUCCCUUCUGGUGGACACAUUUCCUGUUUUUAAGUUUUCAAAAUGUGUUCGGUCUGGACUGGAUGUCAGGUUUUACACAUUAGUCUGACAGCAAACGAGGAAGCAGUGAUGAUGAUGAUGAUGAUGAUGAUGAUAGCUGGUGUCUUGGAGAUUCAACCAUCGUUCAGCGAGAUGCAAUUGUUUCAAUUCUCUACAUCUCAGCUUCCCCGAGAACGAGGCUGUUCUGCGAGCUCGUGUUUUUUUUGCUCUGGUCUGGCGAUGUUUACAUUUCAAGACUUCAAAGUUUUUCUCUUCAUUUUUAAAAUCUUAGAUUCUCUAAGAUCUAAAAACUGAGGUCACACAUGUUUGUCUUUUCUGCAAUAAACUGGUGAACAGUACAAACCCAUGUAACUUUCAGUAAAGUGCUUUUUAAAUACC